UCCACAAAAACGCGUGAGCAUCAGAGCGUCCGCCAUGAGAGAGAGAAACGUAGAUAUAGAGAGAGAAAGAGGCAUAUAUAUACAUAUGGAGAGAGAAAAAUAUCUCAUCUUUAUUUAAUUUUUUUUUUUUUUUUCACUUUAAACUAAAGAACCCGCCAACGAGCAUUGUCUCACGAUCUGGCUGUUCUUUAUUAUUUAAUUCUCACCACUUCCAAUCUCUCUCUCUCUCUCUCUCUCUCUCGAUUGAGAUCUUAGGUUUGAGCUCUGGUGAACUAUCGUUCGAUCUUUAAUUGUACCUCGAGUGCCACUUCUCGAUCCAGUUUGAGCCCUAGUGAACUAUUGUUCGAUCUUUUACUGUACUUCAAGAGGCCACUUGUCAGGAUUCGAAUUAGGGUUUCCGAGAUGGCUGCCAAGGAUCAGAAGCAAAGCGGUGGUUUUUUUGCAUCGAUCGCUUCAAGCUUGUCCACUUUUGGCAGCGCAAUGCACAAAUCAGUCAACAGUAUGCUGAGUUAUGAAGGCCUGGAAGUUAUAAAUCCGGAAGGCGGGACUGAAGAUGCCGAAGAGGAAGCACAAAAAGGAAGAUGGAAGCAGGAGGAUCGGGACAGUUAUUGGAAGAUGAUGCACAAGUAUAUAGGCUCUGAUGUUACAUCAAUGGUGACACUCCCAGUUCUCAUUUUUGAGCCAAUGACAAUGCUUCAGAAAAUGGCAGAGUUGAUGGAAUAUUCCUACCUUUUAGAUUUAGCAGAUGAAUGUGAGGAUCCCCACUUGCGAUUGGUAUAUGCUUCAACCUGGUUUAUAUCCAUCUAUUACGCCAUACAACGAACCUGGAAGCCAUUUAAUCCAAUUCUUGGUGAAACUUUUGAAAUGGUCAAUCAUGGUGGCAUUACAUUUAUCUCAGAACAGGUAAGUCAUCACCCUCCAAUGAGUGCUGGACAUGCUGAAAAUGACCAUUUCAUUUAUGAUAUAACUUCAAAGGUGAAGACGAAAUUUUUGGGAAACUCACUUGAUAUCUAUCCCCUUGGAAGGUCGCGAGUAACCUUGAAAAGAGAUGGUGUAGUCCUUGAUUUGGUGCCCCCUCCCACAAAAGUAAACAAUCUAAUAUUUGGACGAACUUGGGUUGAUUCACCAGGGGAGAUGAUCUUGACAAACUUGACAACAGGGGACAAAGUUGUGCUGUAUUUUCAACCUUGCGGCUGGUUCGGUGCUGGUCGCUAUGAAGUGGAUGGAUAUGUAUAUAAUGCUGCCGAGGAACCCAAAAUAUUGAUGACUGGGAAAUGGAACGAGUCAAUGAGUUAUCAACUUUGUGACUUGGAAGGGGAACCUCUUCCUGGCACUGAACUGAAAGAGGUUUGGAAAGUUGCUGAUGUUCCAGAAAAUGACAGAUUUCAAUACACUCAUUUUGCACAUAAGAUAAACAGCUUUGACACUGCACCAAAGAAGUUAUUGGCAUCUGAUUCUCGCUUGCGUCCAGAUAGAGAUGCACUAGAGAAAGGCGACCUAUCUAAAGCUGGUUCAGAAAAGAGCAGUUUGGAGGAGAGACAGAGAGCUGAAAAGAAAAUCCGAGAGGCUAAGGGCCAUCAAUUUACUCCAAAAUGGUUUGAUCCAUCUACUGAAGUUUCUCCUACUCCUUGGGGUGACUUAGAAGUGUACCACUACAAUGGCAAGUAUGACGAGUAUCGUGCCUCCAUAGAUAAAUCAGACAGCAUCGAAGAGGUUGACGUCAGAUCAACAAAGUUCAACCCCUGGCAGUACGAAAAUUUAGCUGCAGAAUGAUAUAUUAUAUAUAGGUUAUGUUUUUGUCUCACUAUUUUCCAUAUCUUUUCAAUUUUCUAAUUAUUUGGUCUUAUUGUUAUUCUUGUUAACAUGAUGUUGAACAAAACAUUUAGAAGUUGAUGUGCAUUAUUUUGUUUUAUCUA